AUGGCCGGGUAAGCAGGCUGGCGGCGAGUCACGGGAGCCGUGAGGGCAGCGGGGGCCCGGGCGCUGGCGGGCCCUCCCCCGGGGGCGGCCUCCCCGGAGCCAGCGGCCCACCUCCGCCCUCAGCGGCUGCUGGUCCGGCCCGGCGGGGUGGCCCAUCCAGCGGCCCAAGCGGGCCGGGCCGGGGCCCCUCGGGGCCUGCGGGGCAGGUGCCCGGCGGGGGCGGAGAGGGCGGCCAGUAUGGCGGGGGCGGGGGAGGCAGCCUGGAGGACACCCUGGAACAAUGGAGCCGCAACCCGCUGUUGUGCUGGUUGUGCGAGGAGCUGUAUGAGGAGCCGUGCCUGCUGGCCUGCUACCACACCUUCUGCUCCCGCUGUCUCAGGCCCAGACUGCACGACGCCAAGAUACUAUGUCCGCUGUGUGGGAAGGUGACGGCCCUGAAGGAGGGUCAGCUCCCCCCGCGGGACAACCUGAUGGUCUUCCUGGUGGAGUCGUCCUGCGAGGAACGGCCGCAGUGUGCCAACUGUGAUAAGACCAACCAGUCCGCCAUGUUCUUCUGUAAUACCUGCGGCCAGGUGCUGUGUGGACACUGUCGGGAGGAGACACACAGGGCGCGCAUGUUCUCACUCCACGACAUCAUCCACAUGUCCAAAAGAGGGAAAGAAGUCAACAGAAAGUGCGCAAUGCAUGGGGAGCCGCAAAUCAUGUUCUCCACCACCAAACGCACCAUGCUGUGUAUCACCUGCUUCAGGGAAUCCUCCAUCGACGCUCGCCUCCACUGCAUCGACCUCGACACCGCCUACACCCAGGGAUGCAAGAAGCUGGACCGGGCCGUCAUGCUUCCCGGGGAGACUCUCAUCCCUAUCGACACAGCCUAUACCCAGGCCCGCCAGAAACUAGACCGCGCCGCCAUGAGUAUUCGAGAGCUCCAGAACUCGGUGCGGGACGGCGUGAUCCUGUUCAAGGCGCUGCUGGACGAACUGCGGAAGAACAUGGAGACGGAGAAGCACAACAUCAACACGCUCUCCGAGAACCUCCAGGAGACGGUCAGACGAACCCACGACGUCCUCAUGCGCGAAGUGGAUGGGCAGUACGAGGUGAAGGACAAGCUGUUUCGAAGUCAGUUGGCGUCGCUGGGGGCCCUGCUGCCGAUCAUUCAGGUUCACCUCCUCAUGUGCACCACCUUCUCCUCCUCCGCCUCCAAGUAUGAGUUCCUCGACCUCGUAUUUCAGCUCAUGGAGAGACUGGCGGCCAUCGCUCACCUCUCGCACCCCCUCAGCUCAUUCCCCAGGCCCGGCCAGAGCAGCCAGGUGCGCAGCAACUUCAAGAGCGAGUUCUCGAGGAGCCUGGAGCCGCUGCUGUCCGUGAUGAGCAAAGGGCGCGGUGACCCCCACGCCGGCGUGCCCUCAGGGUCUUCAGGCUGCAGCGAGAAGCAAUCGUCUGAGGGCGGGUGUGCGUCGCGGCCCCCCUCUGCCGCCUCCGUCAUGGGGCCCCCCUCCUUCGGGAUGCCCGGCUCCCGCCGCUCCCUCUCCGCCGCCAAGCUCAAGAUCAUGGAGAGCGGUGGACCCUUCGCCGAGCACUGCAAGACCCACGAGAAUAAGUUUCGACAGGAACUGACGGCCAAGUUCACGCGGCUCAAGGAAGAGGCGCAGGAGCUACACCGCGACGUCACGCUGCGCCGGUGUCUGACGCGCCGCGGACGGGUGGAAGAGAUCGUGCGGGAGUGCGCGGCCCUCGAGGAGGAGUUCCAUGCGUACUCCGACGAGAUGGAGGAGCUGAGGGGGGUGUUCGACGCAGCCUGGGACGAGCAGAUCCAGCGGGUGUACGCCGAGCAGGAGGUGUUCCAGUCACAGGUAAACGACGUAGUAAGUCUGAGGGACGAGAACAAGCGUCUCAUGAUCAUCGCGCAGCAGCUGGAGCCGUACAUCCGUUCUAUCACGGCCCUUAUGGAGAGGAUUUCGCCCAAACUUCAGGUCCCUCAGGCUGGUGCAGCCUCCACGGUGUCCGUCGUCGAUUCCAGCGAGAAUAUCAUGCAGCAAAUCCUCGAUCAGAUCAGCGCCUGUAAGCCAGACCAGCAACAGAGGGUCGAAGGGCGGGGGUGUGCUGACGGGGCAAGUCGAGUCUCUGGCCCCGUGGAUGACCCUGCAGGUGGUGGUGGUGGUGGUGGCGGUGGUGGCGGCCUCGGGGGUACAGGAGGAGGGUCUUCCAUGCUUAUAGCGGGGAUCCCUAAGCCUCCAGACCCCCCUCACUCCCGCCGAACUCCCGAACAGGAAGAUGAGGAGCAGGAGAGCGAUCAUGCACAUGGAUUCUCUCCAGGGCCGGGCUCAGGCCGGGCAGAUCCGGGCCUCACUAGGGACGGGGACAAGUACCGAGGCCCCCUGUCGCCCGCCUCCUCCAUGGGCUCCACACUAGCCUCCUCUGUCCUCGGCGGCUCCUUCGUCGAGGUGCGGCGGGCAGAGCGCAUCAUCGGACGGAAGCGCCAGAACAGCGAGGGGGACUCGUUGGUGUGGGAGCGACAUCGAGGCUGUGAAAGCGAGAGUGAGAUGGUGUCGUCGACAUCUUCGCUGCGACUCAACCAGCGGCGAGGAUCAGAGGGAAGUGACGUUGAGGAAGUGAAAAAAGGCGUUUUUAUGCAGCUUCUUGAAAAAGUUCGCCUACGUGAUGAGAAAAAGAAACAAGACUACGAGAGCGACGUAGACGAGGGUCGCGCCUCAUCGCGGGAGCGCGGCGCCGUCGGUCGUGUGAUGCACCGCCUUCCCCGCGCCAAGAUCCAGCCCGACCACCACCCUCACCGCUACCUCGACCUCGCCGCCGCCGUGUUCGAUGCGUCAGCAAUUCCUGAAAGACCCAAGUCUGCCUGUGAUAACACGCUGCUACGCGCCGCCGCCAAACUGUACUCUGGCAUGGGGUCAGUCCGGGCCCUGGACCACGAGCCCACCGCCGCGCAGUUCGAAGAAAUGCGGGAGGCCCAGGCUAGGGUGGCAGCCGCCAUGUCUCGCUCCCGAGAGGGCUCGCAGGGGCGGGCCCGGUCGGCGGAACGAGAAGCGGCGGGCAUCAGAACUCCCAAGGCCGUGCCCGUGCCACAGGUGCCCCAGGGAGGGCAGGGCAGGGCCGGGGAGUUCAGCAUGGGCGAGGUGAAGGCCAUCGUGCACGCCGAGCAAAUGAGUGGAACCAGCCGCAAGUCUCCGGGCCGCAAGGACAUGGACUCCAUCUACGCCGUGGCCACCGUGCCCCGCAAGUCAACCUCCAAAAAGGAGAACAUCUACGAAAAUGUGCCGAUGUUGGCCGAGCUGGCAAGCGGCCGCUCCUUCCGCGACGACCCCCACUACCGACCGGUUUUCAAGAAACAAAACUCGCUGGACGCUCUUCCCUCAGACUGCGGGCGGGCCGGGGCAUCCAAGAAGAGUGACGGCGGCGGGGGCAGCCAGGGGGGGUCCCGCCACGGCACCCUGAGGAAGGCGGACAGCUUCGAGGGCCACGAGGAGGCCGUCAAGACGCUUGUGGCCGCCGUGCAGGAGACCAGGAGACGCAAAAAGACUAAAUGAUCGUCUGUUUUAGACUUAGAUUUCAGAGAAGUCGUCUUUUUACACAUAUUUUCAUGCUUGUCGUUGCCUGUAUCCGAGAAAACAGUAAUUCAAAUUUUCAAAUCGAUUGUGUGCAGAGUUAUAAAGUGUAGACCCCCGUCAGGUGGCAAGGCAGCGCAUCACAACCACGUACGCGUUGAAACGAUAAUCACUGACAAUAUGCACGACAAGUCCGAUGUUACCAAAGAGUUUGUGCCGAGUCUCGAGUGCUGAGUUUCGUGGCGAGAGAUACGUACAGUGCCGAGGCAGUGCCGCGCGAGGGUCACUGCAACACUGCUGAGUCUGUGUCCAAACAGUAAGUGGUGUAUGUCGUCAGUCAGUCAGCCAGUCGGUGCCCUGACGCCAGCGUGCCAGGAGCCCCGACUGGCCGCCACCAGGCUGCUCAACCCGCCGCCGCCGCCGCCGUCGCCCCGGAGCUGCAAGGCCUCCCUCGCCCCGCCAAGCUCAUCCACGCGGUUAUUUCAGGUUAUUUUGACGACGCACCUUUGCAUAUGCUCCAGGCAUGACUAGGUUAAGGCCCUCAAGGCUCCAGGCCCGACGCGUCUCAGGUUCACUCGGCUCAAGACCUGCAGACGAGCAUUGUGGGCGCUGCGGGGCUCAGCGAGGGCUCGGCGAGGGUAAUGAUACUGUGUGUUAAGGUAGUAUUUUGUACACGAGAGGUCCUGUAGUGGUCACGGAGCCUGCCGCCGGACGCAGUAGCCCCGGCCAGGCGUCGCGCACUGGCAGGGCCGCCCCGGCUUUCUCUGUUGCUGCUCAUGAUGGGCUCCACGACACUUGGGUGGCGCCACUUCGGCCCAUCCCGGCGCCGGAGCCAGGGUGUCGUCCACGCCAGCCCCGCCCCCUCCCGGCGCGGGAGAGGAGGGGCAGGGAUGUUGGGGGCGGUCACGUGGGACACACGGGGCAGGGAAGGGCAUGGGCUACCGGGAGGAAAAGCCAAUUUUUACAAAGUUGCUCGUUAUACAACUUGAAGACAAUCCAUACCAGUUGUGGCACUUCGUGUGCGUGGAGAAAUUACCGAUUCGAAUGGAGGGAUUAAUAAAGUGUUAUGGAUGCACACUCAAGACUCGGCCAGACGCCAUCCGCCCUGCCCCGCCCCGCCUCGCUCCAGGCCCGCCCCGAGGCGCCGAAACCAAUCAAAACUUUCCACACGAGGGCGCCACACCGUCGCAGUAGGUCAGUCAGGAUAGGUCAGGCCACCUCCCGUGCAUGAAGCAAAUGCAACCUAAUCAAAAUCUUAAAGGAUAAUCAACCGCACAGAUUUAGCUUUUGUAUCUGUAUAACUUGGCUUUCGUUGCUAGAGUAACUUUAAAUUUCCCUUGUAUCAGACGCGCGCACACACAAUCUCUCUCUCUCUCUCUCUCUCUCUCUCUCUCUCUCUCUCUCUCUCUCUCUCUCUCCAUUAAUGUGAACCGUUUAAUCAGUCUGUUUGGUCUUGGGUUCUUCGCACGGUCCUCCUUCGCUUCCCUUCCUCCCCGACGCUCGCCGACAACCCCGUUCAGGACGCACCUCCCUGCCUCCCUCUGGUCUUGCGUUGGCCCCUCAUAGCCUGAUAUUUUAAUAGUUUUUUACAUAAUAUUUGUAGAUCUAGGAAAUUAUGGUCGAUUUACUGGGUCGGUCAGGCAUUACGGUAACCCAAGAGCAGAGGCAAACAUUUUGGGGAAUGGUUUAAUUAUUAGCCGUAGAGAAGGAACUCAGCUUGUUUUCUCCCAUCGACACCCUCUUGUAGGUCUCUCCCACUAGCUACCUAGCGCCUUACCCUACGACUUUUAGGAUUAAAUGUAUUAUACUUCGUUCUUGUAAUAAAAUUAACGCAUAAUUCCACAUAAUGUUGGGAGCUUCGUUCUCCAGAAGAGCGUGAGGCAGGAGCGUGAGUGUGGUCGACGUAGGAGACUGUACCGUAUCGGGAUGCGGUUUUCUUUUUCCUUCCUUUAGGCAAACUGUUUGUAUCAUUUAGACCAAGGCAGAGACGAAGGAAGCGGGAGCCCCGACUGCCCGCGGCUAAACCAUAGAAAUAGUUGGUUGAGGGACGGAAGAGAACACGCCCCGCGAGUGUUAGUUUACUCGUUUGUUUAAUUUUAGUGACUGAACGAUGUUACGAGUUCGAGGGUUCAUGGAAAAGACGAGUGAGGGUUUCGAGUGCAUGGAUGGAACUUUUUCGCCACCAGUUAAGGACCACGAGUGUGAGGAAGGAAAGAGAGACGGCUGUAGACAAAGAAAGAAAAAGCAAGUUGAACAGUGGCUGUGCAAAUGAUUAUUUUUGUGAUGCGAAGAAAGUCUGAAAAACAAGAGACAGAAAGAGAAGACAUCCGUGACUGCAAGCAAGGAGUUCAUGGGUGUUAGUUGGUCAGGUGUUUUGGUAUGCGAAUGAAAUCUGUAAGAAGUGAAAGAAGAAAGCUAAAGAUGAUAUCCGUGGGUGCAAGGAGUCAACAGUCGCUGGUUCUUGGUGCAAAUGAAGCCUGAAACAAGUCAAGCUGAAGAAAAUGGAAGGAAAGGAACUGGAACUCGAUCCGUGUAAUGAUUUGACACUUGUCUGUUUGUUGGCUGGCUUUUGAUGGAGUAUGUUACGAGUGAAAUAAAACGAGUAAAACGAGAAAGAGAAGAAUCGAAGGCUGCAAGUUGUUCAUGAUUGUCGGUCGGGCAUAGCUGGUUUUUGGAUAGGAAGAAAGUCUGGAACAAAUGAAAGAAAACGGAGACAAAUAUAUCGCGGUUAGUUGGUUAGUGUGAGAGUGUGUGUGAAAGAGAGAGAGAAAGAGAUCGAUGGCCGCAAGUUGUUCACGGUUAAGCACAGUUGGUUUUUGGAUAGGAAGAAAGUCUGGAACAAAUCAAAUGAAAGAAAACGGAGACAGAGAAGAUAUCGCGGUUAAUUGGAUAGUGUGAAGAUGUGUGUGAAAGCGAGAGAAAGGGGAUUGUUCAUGGUUAGGCGCAGUUGGUUUUGGAUGCGAAAAAAGUCUGGAACAAAUCAAAUGAAAGAAAGCAGAAGAUAUUGCAGUUAGUUGGUUAGCGUGAAUGUGUGUGUGUGAAAGAGAGAGAGAAAGAUAAAGAGAUCGAUGGCUGCAAGUUGUUCACGGUUAAGCACAGUUGGUUUUUGGACAGGAAGAAAGUCUGGAACAAAUCAAUUGAAAGAAAACGGAGACAAAGAAGAUAUUGCAUUUACCUGGUUAGCGUGUGUGUGUGUGUGUGUGUGUGUGUGUGUGUGUGUGUGUGUGUGUUUGUCCUCCCUUCAGCUCACACCCAUGCUCCCGCCGCCUCUCCGUCGCCCGCCAGCAUCUCCCAAGUGGCGCCUUACGUAAACUCACCCCGGCAGCUGACAGAUUAUGCCAUGCGGAGUUGCUGAUGGACGCACGACGCUCGAAUCUGCAACUGUGCAUAAUGUAACUCACACAACACCACCAACAACACCGAAAACAGUACCCGCAACACCGCCACCACCACCACCACCACCACCAGCGACAACUACUACCACUACUACGACGACGACAACA